AUGUCACAGGACAACAUUCGUAUCACAAGAGGUCGCUCGCAUCAGACGCCAGAAGAUGCCAGCACGCAACGCUCUCCUUCAGCGCCGCCACUCACACGUACAGCUGAGGCCUCCGCUGAUGUUGAAGAUCAGGGCCAGCAGACUCUGCAGGAAGAGCUGCUUGCCACCUCGCUCAAUGCACUAAAGGAGUCUAUUGAGCAACAGCACGCAAAAGAAGUUCAACAUUACAAACAAGAGAACAAGGAGCUGCAAAGCUCUAUCAAUCGACUAGAGAAGCUACUUGAGCAAUCAAUGGCUAUGAGAGAGCCAGACACAAGAACACCACGAGAGAGGCGCACACCAGCUGGCCGUAGCACCGACAGCCCAGCACGACGCGCAACACCUGAGUCAGAUGACUCCAGCAACAAGACCCGUCUCCGGGUUGAAGACUUUCCCAAAUACAAUGGCUCAGCUAAGGGCAAGAACGAUGUCGACACAUGGCUUGAAGAAGUCACAGCAAUUUUUGAAUUCUCUGGGGCCAGGGAGUCACAGUUCCUCAAGCUCAUCCCACGUCUACUUGAGCACGGUGCUCGCGACUGGUUUGUUGACCUCAAGGACCAGCGCUAUGAAAUGCACACCUGGGAUGACUGGCAAGAAGCAUUCCGCCUUGCCUUCUGGGCUCCAAACUACCUGGACGGCGUCCACUUAGAGCUCUCACGCCGCCGCCUCAGACCUGACAAACCAUUUGCAUCGUACUUCAGGGACAAGCUCAACCUCAUCAAUAAGCGCUACGGCUCCAGCAUUGAGACCUCAACCAAGAUUGAAGAGAUCAUCUUUGGUAUGCCAACCGCCAUGCACCCUUUCAUACGGACUGCCCGUACACCGGACAUGACAUUGGAGGAGUUCCGCCGCCUCCUCAUGGAGCUAGAAGAUGGCCUGCGCGCUCAUACCUUUGGAUCACAGCGCAAUGACCGUCACCAAUACGGUGACAGCUCCAAUUGUUGCUAUGAAGGAAAUGAGAGGGCCUACACUCCUCGUCACCACACUCCAGCGCGCCAGACAACACCUGCAUUGCCAUCACACCAACAAGAGAACCCUCGACGCGACACAACGCCACGGCCCUUUGCGCCACGAGCUCCAGCAGCACCAGCCCCACGAUACACUGGCGGUACCAUUACCUGCUACCGUUGCGGCAAAGUAGGCCACAUCUCUUGUAACUGUCCGUCGCUACCCCAACAAGGCCCAACCAGCAAUGCAGCAGUGACGCAGCCCAUUGCCACCAAUGCAAAUGCCACAGACUUGCCGUACAACAGGUACCAGGCACCAACUGUGGAGGGCGCCACGGAUGCUGAGGCCAAUGUGGUCACAACACGCAGCAAAACCAAGGCGUUCGCCACGUCACCAGAGCCACUCCCAGACGAGGAACUUGCGGUACAGGAUGUAUCACGCUCAGCGCUGAGCACGCCUGAGUGCCCAUCCAGCGCAAAACCACAGGAGCCUCGACCUAUGCGACAUCUGCGCAUCACUGAGCCGUGGCACAAGCCUGCUGCCAACCAACCAAUGUACACAGCUAAGGUUCCGGCAACUGCCAAGGUCUGGAUCAAUGGCAAACGCACUGGCCACCACGUUUGCAUUGACUCAGGCUUGUCAGUCUCUCUGAUUGACAAAGGAUACCUUGAAGAGCACUAUCCCUUGGUCACACCUGUGCCCUGCACCAGCUUCAAAGUGCGCGGACUUGGAUCUGGAUCUCAAGCUUGGUCUUAUGUUAGUCUAGACACUGCGUUUGUGUCCGACAACCGUCAACUACUUGUUCUCAAUCUUCGCUACUAUGUCAGCCCCUUCAACCACACCAAGAUCAUCCUUGGCAACGACGCGCUCCACACAUACGGUGCAACUAUCAGCCUCGAGAAGAACAAGCUUUUCUUUGCUGCAUAUCCAAAGGAAACAAUUCACAUUGCAGCGGAGCAGGCUCCUCCCAACGAUGCAACGGGUGCACCAUUGCGCAACACUGAGAAAGAAUCGUACAACGUAACAAUUGAAGAAGGAGAAGACAUACGCCAAUUCAAGGAGGCGCUUCUUGAAGCAAACAUAAACCCUGAGCUGACGCCAGCGCAGGCACAACAGCUCGAGACUGUCCUUGUGGCAAAUCGACGCGCAUUUGCUUAUGGUAGCCGCCCUAUUGGAAGCACAGAUGUAGUCAAGUUCAGCGUCGAUACAGGCGACUCUCCACCAAUCAGCCAGCCACCCUAUCAUGCCAGUCCGGCUGGGCGCAAGAUCAUAGAAGAAACUAUAGCCGAGAUGCUAGCGCAGGAUCUUAUCAAACCGUGUAACUCACCAUGGAGCUCGCCAGUUGUCUUAGUCAGCCAAGGAGACAAGACACGUAUGUGCGUUGACUACCGCAAGCUCAAUGCUGUCACAAAGAAAGAUGUCUACCCACUGCCAAGAAUCGACGACACCCUCCGUGUGUUCUCAGGCAAACAGUGGUACACCUCACUCGACACCAACAAAGGAUUCUUUCAAACAAUGAAUGCAACCGCAGAAGAUUGCGACAAGCUUGCUUUCCGCACGCACCUUGGCUUAUACCGUCCCAAACGUAUGCCAUUUGGGGUAGUCAAUGGACCCUCCGUCUUUCAGCGCGGCAUGGAUAUCACGCUUGGCAACAGUAAGUGGAAGCACACCAUUGUCUACAUCGAUGACACUUUCACAUACUCCGACACCUUUGAAGAGCACCUGCGCCACCUUAAGGAUGUCUUGCAACGAAUCAUCAAGACUGGCAUGACACUCUCUCUGAAGAAGUCCAACAUUGCGCACACCAAGAUCAAGGCGCUUGGGCACACUAUCAGCAACAUCAGGAUUGGGACAGCACCUCACAACAUUGAGGCAGUGGCCAAGUUCCCUGUUCCAACCAACGUAAAGGAGCUGCAACGCUUCAUAGGACUUGCCGUCUAUUUUUGA